UUACUCAUUUGCAUAUACUCAAACUCAACACACACAGUCUGUCUCAGUGGCCAACAAAAUGGAUUGAGACAAAACACAGAAGCCUCUAGAACGGAGACACGACACGCGGAAUUGCCAAGGAUCGUUACUUGCCCUCUCUGUCUCUCUGUUUCUUCUUCUUCAACUCAGAGGUUUCUGACCCUAAUUCACUCUUUUUGACUCGAUUAAGAAUGUGUCCUUUUGGACAUGUCCCUCCUGAGUUUGGUUUCCAUUUGACUGAUGAAGAGCUUCUAGCGUCCAUGGAAAGAAUGGAAAAUGGGGCUCCUACUCCAGCCAACAUUAUUACAGAUGUCAACCCUUGCGAUGUUUUGCCCUGGAAUUCGCCUGAAAAUAUGUGGUAUUUCUUCCAUUCGGAUGGCCCUAAAACAACUGAAACUGGAUAUUGGAAGGCUACAGGAGAGGAUCCUAAAACAACUGGAUAUUGGCAGGCUACAGGAGAGGACCAUAUGGUACUUAAAAAUUCUCCUAAUACCGGUUGGAAAACUACUCUGGAAUUCUACACAGGAGAGGCCCCAAAUGGGAUUAAAACUAAUUGGAUGAUGCAUGAAUACAGGAUGAAUCAGAAAGAAGGCAGCAGUGGACAGGGUUUCAAUUCACUGUGUAGAGUCUUCUUAAAUCACAGUCACAAUCCAAAACAUGAAUUGCAACGUAACCAUGCUGGUAUGGAUAAUUCCAGUAGACAUCACACUCAUUUAGCAUCACCAAUCAUGCAAGAUGCUGAACAAAACAACAAUAAUCGUCAAGAUCAACCAAACAGGUCCCAGGUGACAGGUCGAGUUAAUGAGAAUAGGCCAUUGCGAGUGUUUGACAGUCAUCUGCCAGACAAUGGUCCUGAAGAUCCCAUUCAAGGACAGCAUGAGAUCUAUGAUUUCUCCAAGGGGGACUACUUGGAAUUGCUAGAUCUUGUUGAUCCAGAAUCUCCUUCUUCCAGUUCAGAAAAUUCUAGUUGCCUAACAAUGUCCUCGGAUGAGUACUUCGACUCAUGGGCCCUGUUACAAGACCUUGAUGCUUGUAAUAAUCAAGGCAUUCAACAGAAAAAUCCAAAUUGCAAGCUUAAUGUCUUCAAGUCUGUUGGAUCCAAUAAAAUAGUUGUCAGGUCCUCCUCUUCAGGUUCUCUUCAUGGGUGCGACAGAAGUAACCUGUCCAGAAGACCAAUGCUUAUCUCAGACCCUUCACUUCCAGGUUCAUCAGUUGAGCAGAAGUUUCUCAAUAGUGAGUCAUCAAAACAUGAGCGUUGUCUGCCCAAGUUAGGGGAUACUGUUGAAGGCCUUUCAUCCACCUUAGAAAAUGGGGUGGCAUCAUCCAGUGGCCUUCCAGCAGCAUCUAGAGGCAAAGGGAAGGCUGUUAGUAGGAUGUCAAAGCUGAAGAAGAAAUACUGGUGCUUUAUGCCAUUCUAGCUUCAUUAUUUUCUUACAUAGGCACUGACAGGGUAUUCUGUUUAGAAUAUUCAGUGGUGAUCAGAUGAGAACACUCUCAACCCUACCAUGUUCAUCCAUUGUCUAAAAAAACAUAUUAAGUUGAGACCUUAUUUGGUGUCUCGAUUUCAAGCCAAUGAAUGAUACCACAGUAGGGGUUCUAAAAGGUUAAUGGGAGCGUUCUCAUCAAAUCAUCACUCUUAGACACUACAGCUUUGGCUCCCUAAUACGGGUUCCUUUUUGCCAUGUGGAAAGCUAACAUGGCCUAUCAAAACCACUUGUAUUUGAAAUCUGAUUGAUCAAGUGAACAAUUAAAUUUUCUACAUUACAAUAGGUUGUUCUUUAUAUAGUUCAUAAUACACGAGAAAGGAAAGAAAAGAAAAUUGUCUAAAGAAUAGGAAAGAAUGUUAGUACUGUGAUGAAAUGUACUUAUGGAAUGAUAAUUGGCCAUCUUGCUUGAA